GACUAUAUGGACAACAUGGCAAAAUGGCUGUGGUUGAGUAAGGAAAGUUGUCAGGGAAGUUUAAAUGUAAUUUUGUGCGUACUUGAAAGGAAAACUUUUUGUGACAUAUUGUAGUAGUUGUUUUUGUGCAAUUAAUAGACAUGUCAUUAAAAAAUAUUCAAGAUAUUUUACCACAUGGCUCAUCAAGCCUUUGCUUUAGGAAGGAAGAAUUUAUUAAGGAAAACUUUAGUGUAGACCAAUUUGUAAGUGAGCAUAGAAAACAUGUUUCAUUGGAAACUCUUCGGGAUGAUUUGGGCAUCUACCUGAGAGUUCUUCGCUCAGCAAUGAUUGAACUGAUUAAUAAAGACUAUGCAGACUUUGUAAACCUAUCAACAAACUUGGUUGGACUUGAUAAAUCUAUUCAGAAUCUAACAGUACCACUUGGCCAGUUUAAAGAAGAAGUUUUAACUAUAAAACAUGCUGUGGAUGAAGCUUUGUCUGCAACUACUUCAGAACUGAAAAAGAUAGAGAGUAUACGUGAAAAAAAGAUGAUGCUUCAAAGGGUAGCAGCCAUACUUCAUGGGUUUCAGAAAUUAGAAGAGUUGUUGGAAAUUUCUAGCUGUAGUCCUGAGUUACCAGCAAAAGAGAAAGGAAGAAGAGAAUGGUCUGGGAAGUUAGUGGAACGUGCUGCAGUAGAACUUAAUCAAAUUUUGUUUUACCUCUCAAAGUGCAACAGAAUCCCUGUAAUUGAAGACAUUAGACAUAGGAUUAAUCAUAUUGCUACAGUCCUCAUGGAACAUCUAGACCACAAGUUUCUUGAUGAUAUUCACAAAAGUAACACGGAAUCCCUCCAGAGAAUUCUUCGUAUUUAUGCAACCAUUGACAGAAUAUCUGAAACUGAACUAUUAUUCCAAAGAAAUGUAGUCAAGCCUUAUAUGCAAGAGGUGAUCACAGAAAAGCAAGUUGAAAUUCAGGGCAUAACCAAAAUGUAUGAGAAAGUAUUACAGUUUGUUCCGUCAAAGUGUAAAGAUAUAUUAGAAGUCACCAGGGAAGGUAGAAGUGGAGAAGUAGUGAAGGGUUAUGAUUUUCUUGUUAAUGCCAUCUGGCCUGAGAUCAUAACCUGUUUAGAAACCAGAGUCCACUUUAUAUUCCAAGCUGGUGAUCCAAACAAGUUCCAUGAGCGAUACUCUUCAAGUAUGACUUUUCUAGAAAAGUUUGAACAAAUGUGUGGUUCACAAGCAAGCAUUAAGAGACUACAUCAGCACAAGUCUUAUCACACUUUCAUUGGAAAGUGGAAUCUUCCUGUAUAUUUCCAGGUUAGGUUCCAGGAAAUUGCAAAAGUUCUGGAAACAGCAAUAUUAACACCAUUCACGAAAACUGAAGCAAAAUCUGUUUUUAAUCUUUACGUUACCUGUCAACUGUGGAACACAGUCCAACGUUGUUGGGCAAGUGAUGUUUAUCUAGCGGUACUCUGUCAUCGAUUCUGGAAGCUAACCUUGCAGUUAAUUUCACGCUAUAACACUUGGGCCUGCCAAUUAAUACAAACAGAACACUCCACAGCUAUAGAAGAACUGAAACUAUCUGAUGAGAACUUGAAAAUAGGCCCGUCUAGUUCAACUGGAGAUGCAAGAAAUGGCAGAAACCUUAUGAACGGUCCUAAUUCUGGUUCUACAGAUUCCAGAAGACUUGAGGUCUCCAAAUUAGUUCUCCUAGUCACUGAUAUUGUACAUGUUCAAAAUGAGGUGCCUUUACUGUUUGACAAUGUAAUUUUGCCACAUCUCCAACAUCAUAGACUUCUAAAUGUUACAAAACUGCAAGAAACUAUAAAAGAAACAACUGAACAGCUUAAAGAACUCCCACCUAAGAUUGGGGAACUAGUCGUGAAUGAUAUUGUGUUUCAAUGUCUCCAACAUCUUCGUAUGGUCAGUGAAAUUCCAAGACUUUACAGGAAAACAAAUAGAGAUGUGCCAACCAAACCUUCUACCUAUGUUCAGAUGGUAUUAAGACCUUUGGAGACAUUUCAGAACGACAACAAGGAUAUUCUGACUAGUUCAUGGCUAACUGAAUGGACAAAGGCUAUCCUUGACAAACUGACAACUAAGUACUUCAAAUUAACAAGUGAUGUCUUGGAUACAUUAAGAAAAAUGGAUAAAAGCCUCAAGCAACUAAAGAGAAUUAGAGACAAGGGAGCUGGUGAGAGUCGUAACAACAGCAGUGGAGUAUCAGAUGAUGACAAAAUUCAUCUUCAGCUCUGGUUAGAUGUAGAAAAUUUUGGACAGCAGAUUGAGAUAUUAGGAGUUAAAAAAUCAACAGUUCAAGAAUUUGAAUCAUUAGUGGAACUUGUCAAAUCAACCAGAAGUUCUCCUACAACUUAUUCGUGAAACUAUCUUUUUUUAUAUAAUUGAACAUGAACUGCAAACCUGUGAGAUGUACUGCUCCAAGAAAAUGUUUUACUUUUCCCACUAGGAAGAUAUGGCUGUUAACCUCACGUGAACAACUGCCACACUAGUUGAACUAGCUGCUAAAUUUUGCUUGAGUUUUCUUGAAUUCCAGACUGCAAGAACAAACUUCUCAAGUAAUUAAUAGAAUAUUACAAUGUUUGAUGCCUAUGUAUAGUAAUUUUAAUGUGGUGGUGGGUUGGACUACACAUGAAGCAGAGUUGAGCACUUUUUAAUUAGUGUUUCUGAAAAACACCCUUGGAAAGUUUCUUUGGUGUAAACAGAAAAUGCUAGGGACAUGAAAUAGAGAACAAGUGGAUCUAAGUAAAAAAGGACAGGUUGACCCAAUGUCUGGUAUUUAAAGCUGAACAUCUAUAUUCUGAUUGGUCAUUUAUAUUUUUCACAUCUAAUACCACCUAACAAGCAGAACAGAAGCUCUAUUUUGGGGGGGGGAUUUUUUUUUAUCUUAUUGACAAGAAUCAUUUUUGAUUGGUAAACUACAUUAAAAAUAGUCAUUUGAUUCAAAAUAACUUAAUCUUUACGUUAAAAUGCAUCUAAAUUUUACUACUGUGGGUGACACAUUCAUCAAUAAAUAGGGUCUUGAAUGUAGUUGAAUUAAGAAGUAAAUGACAACAGAAAGUAGAAUACAGAAGCAAAGGAAACACACAUGAAGGUGUGUGUAGAAUAUAAUUAUUUAGAAAAAUUACAAGUAGUCUCUCUUUUUCAUGCUUUAAACAUUUAUUUUCUGCCAUAAAGUUUGGUCUUUUUUAAGUUGAUCCAUUAUUUAGAGUGCAGACCUUAACUUGAUAAUUAUGGUUAACUGAAAUAAUCGUAUUAACUUUACUUUCUUAUUCUUUUGGGGUAAACAUAAUGAUCAAAGUAGAAGGAUAAAUUUAUAUCUUAACAUUAUAGAUCUAGUUCAUUAAUGACUGCUACAUUACAUUAAGUUUAGUACAUUAUUUAAAUAAACCACUUUUACCUUUUGACUUCCAUACUGUAUAACAUUAGAAUUAGUCAAUUAAUUCAAAUGGCUAAAAGGUGUUAUUUAAGUGUUAUAAAAAGUUUGUUUCAAGUUUACAGCAGAUUAUACUGUUAUGAAAUAAAGAUGUACAACAGAAUGUUUGUAAGUAAAUUUAGAAGUAUGGAACCUUGUACUAUUACAGAAGCUAGACCUCAUAGUAACAUUUACAUUUUCUCUUUAUAAAGUGUGUAAAAUAAACAUUAAAUACAUUUUUGAUGUACGUCUAAUUACCUAAAAAAUAAUUUAAAGCCUUUCUAUGUGGUCCUCUUGCUGAAAUGGUGGGAACAGUUUUCACAGGGUAGUCUGUAAACCAGAACAUAUGUGUAAAUUGUCUUUAGUCAUUAUGUUUAUCUUUAAUGUAAUAUUUCUAUUAUGAAAUUACUUUUGUAACCCUGCUGUAAUAUAUUUUAAUAAAUACAAACUGUGGUGCUACAGUGAAAGGUUUUAUGCAUGUGUGCAAUGUUUGUAGAUUAUACUUAGAUUUUAAAUUUAAAAAAUUAUAUAUCUUGCAGUUAAGAUAGCAUAAACCAUCUACAGUUGAAAGUAACGGUCAGUUUUUGUUUAGUUAGUCCAAUUGAUUGUACUUCAAAAAGUUAAUCAUUUUUUUUGUAUAUCUAUGUGUGUGUGUGUGUUUUAAUUCAGACCAUUCUGAUUUACUGAUAGUAAAGAUAUUAUUCAGUUGUCUUAGCACAAUAAUUGAUUACAUUUCAUUACAAAAAUCAGGAAUAUCAAGAAAAGUAAAGAUAAUCCAGUUGAAAAACAGUUUUUUUUUCUUGUAUGUUAUCUUAUUUAAGGCUUGUUUCAAGACUAGCUAAGAUUAUCAACAAGGUUCCUUUUAUUCUUGUUUGGAAUAUUUAUUUCCAGGAAAUUGCUUUUGACUUGAAAUAUGAUUCUUCACUAGUGUUUUUAUCAUAUUUAACAAAAUAUAUGCAUUUUGACCACAUUCCUAUAUUAGGCUCCAUGGUGGGUCAGCAGUAAGUUUACAAGCUUACAACACUAAAAUCCAGGGAUCAAUUCCCUGUGGUGGAUAGAGUGCAGAUAGCUUAUUGUAUAGAUUUUUGCUAAAAGAAACAAACAAAACCUGUAUUAUAUAAAGAAAUGUACAGUUAAAUUUCAAAUACUAAGAUGGUUAUUAUCCAGUGAAUCAUUUAACUUUACGUAAUUUAGAGUGACUUAUAUAAACUACAAUUUAUAAAGCUUUGCAAAAAAGGGUAACUGUAUAGUAAUGAUGCAUGAAUGUCAUUAUAUGAUAAACAAAUUUUUCUCACUUGCAUAUUUUAAAUCUAUAAAGCCAGGAAUAAAUUAAAUUUCAAAGGUGUCCUUUCUUGUGUAGAAGAAAAUAAUAAAAAAUUCUAUAAAAGCUGUUAAUAUGUUUUAACUUUAUACAAUUAUAAUUCAAUUAAAGAAUAUUCCGAAAAUUUUGGGUGAAAAUUGAUUCUGUGUGUGUGUGUGUGUGUGUGUGUGAUAUUUCAUACCAAAAUUAUUUCCUAUCAGCACUUUUGAUAAGGUUGUGUGAAUUAUAUCCAUGAGAUUUUAAACACAGGUUCUUGGCAAAAGCAUGUUUGCUAAGUGAUCUAACAAUUGCUGGGCAUUGUUUUUUCUACACUUAUAAAUCAUUUGAUUUGCAUUCAUUACUGUAUUUUUUUUCCCCCAUAUUCAUAAAGAGUACCCUGGUAGGACAGUAGUAAGUCUACAAACUUAGAUCAUUAAAAUCCUGAUUCCCCAUGGUGGACACAGAAGAUAGCCCGACUGUGGCUUUGCUCUAAAAUACAAACAAAAAAAUGUUCAAAGAGAAAUAUUAAGAAGAGAGCUUACAGUUUGAGAAAAAGCUGAAAACUGCUGGCAUAAAACUGGUGUCAAUUACUGUUAUGAAUCCAUAAUUGUUUUUCAUCUUCAGCUUCACUAACUGUGAUGACAUUGUAAGCUGUAACAUUAUAUUGCAUUCUCUUAGGACAUACUGAAUAAAUUUCUAGUUUUUAUGGAUUGUUCAUGUUUUUCUCUUAUGUUGGUCUUCCUUCCUUAUUGCAACAAGAACACACAUCUGUAAACAAUGAAUGACUGUUUACUCUUGUGAUUAAUAUCUUUAAAAUAAGUUUCUCAUUCUAAAGCUUGGUGUAACUACAAACCUAAUAAACAGUCAUUUAUUUACAUGCCCUUACAGCUUGAAGUAAAAUAUAGGUUCUACCAACAGAUGUUUGGCUACCCAUAUGAAUAACACAGCUCAAUAAAACAUGGGAAUGCAUCAGAUUUUGCCUAGCAUGUUGUGACAGAAGUUACUGUCACUAUUAACACUGACUGUUUUAUCCUAGUAUGUGGAAGUGAAAAAAUAAGCACCUAAAGAGUCAUAAGCUAAUGACUGCUAAUCUGAAACCAGUAAACUCUUAAACAAAAUUUGGCCUCUCCUCAAACUUAAGAGCUCUUUCCUUUUUUUUUUGUACUUGUCUAUGGUGUUAUGUUUCUUUAGUUCCUUCACUACUUUUGUUAAGUGUUAUUGUAAAGACGUAUCUCAGAAAAUGACUUCAAAUAGGAUUUCUUACUUCAGUCCUUUACUUUGUUUUUAAAUAUUAAUUUUCAAGCAAACUCAUGAUAAGCUGUGUUUAGUUGUUUAACAAAACAAUAAUAAUAAAAGACUAGAUAAAUUGGGUUAACUGAUGUAAUAGGAUUUUUAUAAAUUUGUUUUAUUACUAUAACCUCUUGUCCGUGUAUUGUUUCUCGUUAUGAAGAUAUAAUUAAUAGAAGCCUGAUUAAGUUUUGUUUCCAUUGGUAAAGACCAUCGUUUUGAAAUUUCAUAUUAUUAUGUAUUACCCACUGUAGAAUAUUGAAAGAGCAAUCAAAUUUCUUUAUAGCGAAAUCAUUACAUUUUGUUUUCUUGCUACUUGGUGUUUUGUUAUCAGAUGCAUAAAUAUGAUGUUUGAAGUGAUAUUUGCAAAACACUGUGUGUGUGUGUGUGUAAAUAUUGAUAUUGGCAAGAUUAAUAAACCACUAU